AUGACUGGGAAAUAUCAGCGAGCAUUACGUGUUAUCAAAACACUACGUGAUGAACGUAAUCAUCGAGGAACAAACGCGACAGCUACAAGUAAUCUUGCCGAACAAACCAAGAAAUCUAGUUGCUUCUCCUGAAGCAGCCACCAAAAACGAGUCAUCCGCUGGAGAAAUUUCGCUAAGUCCAGCCGAAUUAUUUGACGAGAUUUCUCUAUCAAUAUUAGGUGG